GUUGUGAAGAUGAGAAAAGAUGUGAAGAAGGUCAGGGUGCUUACUAUUCGCCGACUAACCAGACACAUUGGGAAAUUAAAGUUGAAAAAGGGCUCAGAAGACUUAAUAUUGAAGAACCAAAAAAGAGCUGAGAGACUGAUAGAAGAAAUCCAUGCUAUGAAGGAAAUAAAGCCAGAUCAAGUUACCAGACUUGCUCUUAGGAAGGAAGUAAAUUUUGAAAGUGUCUGCAGAAAGCCAAAGUCUACUGCUACUGAGCGAGCCAUUGCAAGACUUGCAACACACCCCAUCUUGAAGUCAAAAAUUGCUGAGCUUAAAGCUGCUGUAAAAGCUUUUAAGGAUGCAAGAAAGACAUCAGCCAGUACUCAGCUUUCAAUAAAGAACAAGUCAGAAGAACAGCCUGAGUCUGCACCUCUCAAUAGCAAUAUGGGUGACCAAGUUCUUAAAGUAUUUCAAAAGCAGCAAGCAUGUGAAAACAAAGCAAAAAAGAGUAUGAAAUUAGGAGCUAACACAGAGAAAGAACUUUGUGAGAGUGAAUAUGAAGAGAAAAUUGGGGAAAGUGAGGAAGCAUACACUCCAAAAGAAGUUUCAUUACAGGCAGCAAAAGAGCAAGCAGUUGCCCAGAGUAAAGUAGGAAAGAAAUUUGACUAUCCAAAUAGAAAACAAGCCAUAAGCAUAACCAAAUUCACUGCAACAAAAGAAUCAGUUAGUGAUGUUAGUGAUGGGGAACAACAUAAUGAAAAAGAGUACUUUGAUGACAGUACUGAGGAAAGGUUUUAUAACCAGUCAUCGGACUCUGACAGUGAUAGCAAUGAUGAUUUCUUCAUUGGCAAAGUAAAAAGGAAGAAGAAGAUAGCAGCAGCUAGUGACUUUUCUUCAGCAAAGGGAAAAAACAGACCACAGAAAACAACACUGAAGAAAGAAAAUAACACAAUGCCCACGACACUGCAGGAUUUGAUUGGAGAAGAAAAGCUACAAGCAAAAACAACAAAGCUGGAAUCAGUGUUCUGCAGCUCACUGUCUACCUCUUCCAAUCAGAAACCCAAAAAUAAAAGGAAUACUAAAGACCAGCCUCUGAAAAACAGGAGAACGGCUUUUCCUAAAAAAGAACCACAGCUCAAGAAACUUCAAUUUGAUAAAGUUGCAGGUACUAAGUGCAAAAACAAAAAAGCGUGUUUGGAGCAGCCUCUUCAUCCUUCAUGGGAAGCAAGCAAGAAACGUCGAGAACAAAUGUCUCAAAUUACAGUGUUCCAAGGGAAGAGGAUUAAAUUUGAUGACUAGACUUUAUAUAAAUUCAGAUUUUAAAAGAAGAUUCUUGCAGAUUUGCAUCUGGUGAUAUUUUCUUUUGGGGCAACAA